AUGGAGCAGCUGCAUACUAUCUGUUCUGGCAGCACUGCACGAGCGCCGGUUACCACACGGCAUGAUUUGGACGAUGAGGCAGCGAGCAUAUCGACGCACGACGAGGACGAGACUUUGCACAGUGGUCCAAAUCGGAGUAUUUCGAGGACAAAAUUCCUCGGAUUCUUCGGAAUGGCUUCCUCACCCUCCAAGACCGAGCAAUGUUUGUUCUGCUCGAUGUCGGAGUCGAUGUCUGAGGACGUAAACUGGGUCCAAUGUGGGAAGUGUCAACACUGGGCACAUUUUUCUUGCGCUGGUGUUGAUCAAGGGGUUGUCAACAGUGAUUGGCGGUGCCCACAGUGUCUCCCAAGUAGUGCGCAGCAGCUGAAAGUUCCGGAUGCAGCGGCCAAGAAGCGGAGCAAGAAGUCCGGCCAAAGAAGCGAUGGAGGGUCCGACCUGGGAGCUGGCUCUGAUGUGGAUCCGAUUGAGAAGCAGUUGGAAGAGGAGCAACUCGCCAAGGAGAAGGCCUUUGCAAAGCAGAUGGCGGCGCGGAAGAAGCUACUUGCCCGGCAGAAGGCAUGGAAGGAAGAGCAGCAGAGGCAAGAACAGGAGAUGCGUGAGCUGGAACUCCAGGUUCAACGCGAAAUGGAGGAGCAGCAGUUGGAGCACGAACAGAAGUUGCUGGACGCCCAACUGGCAGCAGAGCAAGAGUUCGUGAAGAAGCGCGAAGCGAUUCGAAGGCAGUUUACGAGCAGCGUCAACCGAGUCAACGCGCUGAAAGGCCAAGAAAGCGCUGUUGGCGAAGCUUCGGAGGACCAUCCGAAGAAGAGAGUGAAGGAGUGGCUGAAGGAUCAGUCAGUGGCAGUCGACAAGCCGUCGACCGCGGAUUUUCGGGGAGCGUACCCGAAAGGAGACGAACCAUUUGGAACGGGAUGCUCGAAGCAAGUUGGCAAGCCAAAGCCAAUGUCGAAAGUGCCGGUGAUCACGGAAUUUGAAGAUGGCUCAAGUGAGGACAGCGACAGUGAUGGCGACAGCAGCAGCGACGAGUCGUUCAAAGACGUUCGUGCGGAGAGCAGCCGGCGAGGCAGUCUGCGAAGGAGCAGAGUUGCUGACGGGCCGGGGCCAAGAGUUGGCCGAAUCUACGGAGAGCAGCUAGACGAUCGAGCGGAAAGCAGCCGGCAUAGCAGUCUGCGGAGAAGCAGAGGUGCUGAAGGGCCAGGGCCAAGCGUUGGUCGGAUCUCCAGGGAGCAACUAGCUGCUCGAAAAGCAGUGUCGCAACACCUUCCAAAGUUUCGGGGAGAAGCAGAAGUCUGGCCGCUGUUCAUUAGCAGCUUCGAAUACACGACGGCGGCGUGCGGAUUUUCGAAUCUGGAGAACUUGAAGCGGCUACAGGACUGCUUGCAAGGCGACGCACUGGAGGCUGUGAGAAGCAGGCUGGUUCUACCAGACUCAGUUCCGGACGUGAUUGCAGAUUUACGGAACUUGUUCGGCAAGCCGGAGAAGCUGUUGAAGACGCUGCUGACGAAGGUGAGAAACGCUCCAGCGCCGAGAGCCGAUCGGCUGGAAACCUUCAUAAGUUUCGGCAUCACCGUAAAGCAAUUGUGCGAUCAUCUCGAGGCGGCACAGCUCAACGACCACCUCAACAACCCGAUGCUAGUGCAGGAGCUGGUCGACAAAUUGCCGCCGAGCUACAAGCUGGAUUGGGUCCGGUAUAAGCGCGGCAGAGUGGACAGUCCGCUGAGGAUGUUCACUCGAUUCACAACCGACAUCGUUUCCGACGUCUCCGAGGUGACGGAGUUCUCAACGCUGUCAGUGAAUGAGCGAGCGCGGCCUGGGAGAGAGAAUCCGAGGAGAAAGGAGUUUGUACAUGUGCACGAAUCCGAGCGGAAGCAGAGCGAAGGUUCUCGCAGCGAGAUGGCCAGCCGGCCAUGUUGGAUAUGCAAGCGAACGGAUCAUCUCAUCCGUAACUGCAAUGAGUUCAGACGAAUGAACGUCGUGGAGCGGCUACGCGAAGUCGAGAGGCAGAAACUUUGUGGAAUCUGCCUGAACAAGCACAGUGGAGGUCGGUGUUCGUCGAAGAUCCGGUGUAUGAUGGGGAAUUGCCGGGGCGGUCAUCAUCCUCUGCUGCACCGAGUGGAAGAAUCAGUGCAGCUGCAAAAAGCGAAGUCGGACUGCACGGUUAUCUUCCGAAUGAUGUCAGUGACGCUCUACGUCGGCAAGCGACAGUACGAUACCGUCGCGUUUCUGGACGAAGGUUCGUCGGCGACGCUGGUGGAUGAUGCAGUGGCAAAACGGCUGAAGGCAGAAGGAACACUCGAGCCGCUGAUAGUCACGUGGACCGGCAAUAUGAACCGGUUUGAGAACGAGUCUCGGACCGUAGAGAUUUCCAUGUCGGCGAAGGGCUCGAAGGAAAAGUAUCCGCUGUUCAAUACGCGAACGGUAUCAGAGUUGCAGCUGCCCAAACAGAACAUUCGGUACGCAGAGGUGGUCAAGCGAUACUCACAUCUCGCGGGAGUGCCGGCAAAGGACUUUCCCUCAGGUGUGCCUACGAUCCUCAUCGGACUGGAUAAUCUGCAUCUGUUCGCGCCGCUGGAGUCACGGGUUGGAAAGCCGAAUGAGCCGAUCGCCGUUCGGUCGAAGAUGGGCUGGACGAUUUACGGUUCCGAAAAGCGGAGACCGAUGGUGCAGACGUACCUGAACCUUCACUCCGUCGCACCAGUGAGCAAUCAGGAGCUCCAUGACAUGAUGCGGGAGCAAUACGUGUUGGAAGAAGCGCCGAAUACAUCGUUCGCCGUACCAGAGCCAUCGGAAGAGAAGCGGGCUCGACAGAUAUUCGAGUCGACGACGAAGCGAGUGGGCAAUCGUUUUGAAACGGGUCUUCUGUGGCGAAGCGACGAAAGGCGAUUUCCCGACAGUUACCCUAUGGCCGACCGAAGGAUGAAGGCACUUGAUCGAAAGUUGGAGCGAAGCCCAGCGCUGAAGGAGAACGUGUGUCGGCAGAUAGAGGAAUACCAGUCGAAGGGAUACGCUCACAAAGCAACUGAGGUGGAGCUGGCGGAAACACCACAGGGAACUGCGUGGUAUCUGCCGCUGAACGUCGUAGUGAACCCUAGGAAACCGGGCAAAGUCCGCUUGGUUUGGGACGCUGCUGCGUCGGUGAACGGGAUCUCCUUGAAUUCCGAGCUGCUUAAAGGUCCGGAUAUGUUGGUUCCGCUGCCACGAGUGAUCUGCCAUUUCCGAGAACGUCCGAUCGCCUUCGGUGGUGACAUCCAGGAAAUGUACCACCAAAUUCGCAUCAGAUCGGAGGACAAGCAGGCGCAGCGGUUUCUCUUCAGGGCGAACAGUGACGAAGCUCCGCAGGUAUACGUUAUGGACGUAGCGACUUUCGGCUCAACGUGUUCACCCAGUUCAGCACAGUACGUGAAGAAUCUGAACGCCGAGCAGUAUUCGGAACAGUAUCCGGAAGCGGCCGUAGCGAUAGUCAAGCGUCACUACGUCGACGACUAUUACGAUAGCGUGGACACUGUGGAAGAAGCGAUCCAGAGAGCUAGUGAGGUGAAAUACGUUCACUCCCGCGGUGGCUUUCACAUCAGGAACUGGGUUUCGAAUUCAGAGGCGGUCCUGGAGGAACUCGGGGAGCGAAGCAGGGAAACAGCAGUUCAUUUUAGCCUGGACAAGAGCACGGAAUACGAACGGGUGCUGGGAAUCGUAUGGGAUACGGUCGAAGACACUUUCUGCUUUGCCACCGCGUCGAAACCAGAGUAUUCAACCGUCCUUCGAGGAGGAGUACGCCCGACCAAACGAAUCGUGCUCAGUAUCGUGAUGGCGCAGUUCGACCCUAUGGGAUUCCUGGCGCCAGUAACAAUACUAGGAAAGAUGCUGAUUCAAGAUCUUUGGCGGACAGGCUGUCAGUGGGACGACGUGGUCGACGAUGCGGCGUUCAACAAAUGGAAACGGUGGACGAACAUUCUGGCCGAAGUUCGAGCAUUCAAGCUUCCACGGAGCUACUUUGGCAGUGCACGGUCGGAAGAGAUCCAGGACGUGCAGCUGCAUAUAUUUGCGGAUGCGAGCGAGACAGCGUACGGAUGCGUGGCGUAUUUCCGAGCCAUGGUACGAGGAGAAGUGAUGUGCGCGCUAGUGACCAGUCGUGCAAAGGUGGCGCCGUUGAAGCAGCUGUCGAUUCCGCGACUGGAACUUCUGGCAGCGGUGCUUGCUGCACGGAUGUCGCAAACGGUGCGUGAAAACCACAAUUUCGUCAUCACCAAGGUGGCGUUCUGGGUGGAUGCAGAGGUCGUGCUUUCCUGGAUUCGAUCUGAUCAGCGUCGGUAUAAGCAGUUCGUCGGUUUCCGCAUCGGAGAGAUCCUGAGCCUGACGAGGCUGGCAGACUGGCGAUGGGUGCCCACGAAGCUGAACGUAGCUGAUCAGCUGACAAAGUGGGGCAAGGAUCCGGAUACAAAGCCAAGCAGCGAUUGGGUGAGAGGACAGCAGUUUCUGUACGAGAGCGAGGAAGAUUGGCCGAGGAAGAGUAUGCCACCGGCGAACACGACGGAGGAGUUACGCGUGCACCUACUGCUGCACGAUGUGAAGGUUCCAGCGGUUCUCGUGGACGCGAGCCGCUUUUCGAAGUGGACGGUUCUGGUACGAACAGUGGCCUGCGUGUAUCGAUUCGUGUCGAACUGCAGGCGAAGGAAGGAAAGGCUGCCGGCUGAAACGCUACGAGCAACGAGCGGCCAGUUGAAGGUGCGGAUGGCAUCCGCAGGAGCGUCAGUUCGCAUACCACUGAAACAAGAGGAGUAUGAGAAGGCGGAGCGGUGUCUUUUAAAAGUAGCGCAGUCGGAGAGCUUCAUCGACGAGCUGAAAGUGCUGUGGAAGAACAAAGACCGAUCGGUGGACCGAUGGAUAGCGAUCGAGAGGUCCAGUCCGCUGUACAAGCUGACUCCGAUGAUCGAUGAGGAUGGAUUGAUUCGGAUCGAAGGCCGAACCGAGAGGGCGGAAUUUCUACCGUUCGACCUACGAUUUCCGGUGAUUCUACCGGACAACCAUCGGAUUACGCAGCUGAUCGUUCAGCAUUACCACGAGCGGAGUGGCCAUGGAUACCGUCAGGCGGUGAAGAACGAAUUGCGGCAGCUGUUCUACAUUCUCCACGUCGAUGCUGUAGUCCGGAAAGUGGCAGCUUCUUGUGUAUGGUGCAAGGUGAAUCGUUGUCGGCCUGACACUCCAAGAAUGGCGGCACUGCCAGUGCAGCGACUGACGCCGAAUCUACGGCCGUUCAGCUACGUCGGAGUCGAUUACCUGGGGCCGUUCGACUGCAUUUAG